AUGAAAAAUAAAACUAUGUUGACUGAGUUUAUCCUGCUGGGUCUAACAGAUGUCCCUGAACUUCAGGGCAUGGUUUUCUCCUUUUUGUUCCUCAGCUAUGUUCUCAGCAUCAUGGGAAAUCUGACCAUCAUCAUCCUCACCUUGCUGGAUGCCCACCUUCAGACCCCCAUGUAUUUCUUUCUUCGGAACUUCUCCUUCUUAGAAAUCUCCUUCACCAAUAUCUUCAUCCCAAGAGUCCUAACCAGCAUCACAACUGGGAACAAGACUAUCAGCUUUGCUGGCUGCUUCACUCAGUAUUUCUUUGCGAUAUUCCUUGGGUCCACAGAAUUUUACCUCCUGGCAGCCAUGUCCUAUGAUCGCUAUGUGGCCAUUUGUAAACCUCUGCACUACACCACCAUCAUGAGCAGCAGGGUCUGCAUCCAGCUGGUUCUUUGUUCGUGGCUGGCCGGGUUAAUGGUUAUCGUACCACCAAUCACACUGAUGAGUCAGCAGGACUUUUGUGCAUCCAACAAGCUGAAUCAUUACUUCUGUGACUAUGAACCCCUUCGAGAACUCUCCUGUUCAGACACGAGCCUUAUCGAGAAGGUUGUCUUUCUUGUGGCCUCUGUGACUCUGGUGGUCACUCUGUUGUUGGUGAUUCUGUCCUAUACAUUCAUCAUCAAGACUAUUCUAAAACUUCCCUCUGCCCAGCAAAGGUCAAAAGCUUUUUCCACUUGUUCUUCCCACAUGAUUGUCAUCUCCAUCUCUUAUGGAAGCUGCAUCUUCAUUUAUAUUAAACCCUCAGCAAAAGACGCAAGCACGUUUAACAAGAGUGUAGCUGUGCUCAUUACUUCAGUAGCACCUUUGUUAAAUCCCUUCAUUUACACACUAAGGAACCAACAGGUAAAACAAGCCUUCAAGGAUACCAUCAAAAAGCUUGUGAAUCUUUAA